AUGAUUGAUGAAAAUAUAACAGUGAGUGAUAAUUCAGAUAUCGAUGAAGGCGGUCCUGCGGAACUUCGUGGGUACCUUAGUAAAUGGACGAAUUACAUUCAUGGUUGGCAAGAUAGAUUUAUAGUUUUGAAGGAUUCCACUUUAUCAUAUUAUAAAAGUGAAUUAGAGAGUAAUCUUGGUUGUCGUGGUGCGUUAUGUUUAAAGAAAGCUAAAGUAAAGCCACAUGAAUUUGAUGACUGCAGAUUUGAUGUGUCCGUAAAUGACUGUGUAUGGUACUUAAGAGCUUCUAAUCCUGAGGAGAAACAACAAUGGAUUGAUGUCUUGGAAUCAUUUAAAGUGGAGUCGGGGUAUGGAACUAGCUCAGAUAGUAGUUCCAAUGGAUGUGGUCUGCGAAGACAUGGAUCAGUUACAUCUCUACAAUCAACAGGGUCACAUGGUCGCACUUCGCUCCGUCUCACAGAGAAAAUCGCCGAAUUGGACACAUAUAGCGAGUUAUUGUCCAAGCAAGCUGUGCAAUUGCAACAGUACUUCGAUAUGUGCGUUGCGUCAUACCCGCAGAUCAGCGACGAAACUGUCGAAGCUAUUGAUGCCGUUAAAUUGGCAGAUGGUGUAGAUUUGCGCAUGUACACAGGCGAAGUCCGUGCAACGAGCACGUCGUUUAGAGCGACAUGUGGCGCAACUCUAGCGACUCUUCAGCACUGCGUCGAGCUUUUGCGACGGCGUGAGAAACAAGCUCGACAGGCAGAGGAGCUUUAUAUGGCUUUGAAGAAUCAAUUGACAGAAGCAAGAUUGGCGUCGAAACCGGGACCUGAUCACGAGGAGGGACCACACUCGACGUUGCCCGAUGACGAGUUCUACGAUGCUGUUGAGACUGGAUUCGACAAAAUGGAAGAGGAGAGAUGCGCACGCGUGGUGCCACCUGCAGAGCGUACGAGGGACGAGGUCGAGCUGCCGCCACCGGCCAUCGACAACCGUCUUACCGUGCACCCCUUAUGGCCUGAGAUCGACAGGAUAUCAACAGAACAGAUACAGGCUGCCUUCGAAGAGGUCGGUGGCGAAAACGGUUGGCAACUUUUCGCCGAAGAAGGUGACAUGAGAAUGUACAGAAGGGAGGUGGAAGUGGAUGGUAUGGUGAUGGAUCCACUGAAAGCAAUGCAUAAAGUCCGUGGCGUGUCCGCCCGAGAGAUGUGUCACUACUUCUUCAACCCACGCUACCGAUACGAGUGGGAGACGACGCUAGAGACGAUGACGAUCGUGGAGCAGGUGUCGCGGGACGCGCUGGUGUUCCACCAGACGUUCAAGCGCAUCUGGCCCGCCUCGCAGCGCGACGCGCUCUUCUGGUCGCACGUGCGCGCCUCGCACGCCAACACCUACGCGGUCACCAACCACUCCACAACCAACCCUGAUUACCCCCCGAACGCGGGCGCGUGCAUCCGACUGUUCGUGACGGUGUGCCUGGCGUGCCGCAGCUCGUGGCCGGCCGGCGAGCAGCCCACCCGCGACAACAUCACCACCAGCAUCGCCUACUGCAGCACCGUGAACCCUGGUGGCUGGGCCCCAGCUGGAGUUCUGCGCGCAGUCUACAAGCGCGAAUAUCCUAAGUUCCUCAAGCGCUUCACGAGCUACGUGGUUGAUCAAUGCCGCGGGAAACCUCUCGCCAUCUAG